CAAAGCAGCAAUAAAUUUUUAUUCAACAAUCAAGGAAAAAAAUCAAACUACCAAUCACGAGCACCGAAAAUAGAUUGGUAAUGAGCAUAAAGUAUUGAUUGGAUUUGACCCAAUUCAAAUUAGAAAACAAUUAAAAGUCAUUUAGAGAUUACGGUCGAGGGUCAUCGCAAAGCGAACGAUUAAACUUAUAGAAAAAAAAAAUAGAACCAUUCACCACGGCGCCCGACGUCGCACGCAACGGACGGUCCGAAAAAUCGGCCUAACCUCGAAAAACGGGCGUAUCGCCGUCGUCGUCGUCCUCCCUCAUCGUCGUCGUCGUUCUUUUUUUUUUCCACGUUCGGCCCGUCCGUCUCGGAUGACGCCGCCGCGGCCGACCAAUAGGGAGCGCUUAUUCCCUGCCUCGCGGACAGUGGACCCCGGAUACACCUAUCAUGUGAACCGAUUUCGAAGAUCCUCAAUGAAAUCGUAACGCCGUGCCGGUCGCAACGUAUCGCCGUGAGAUGGUGGAAUGAUGCCGGCACACACGCAGCGGCCGUCGCGUGUCUGCGCCCCAAAAAUGGCAGUCUUCGAGUUCGGUUAAGCCUGCCCAAACCCGCCGUUCCAGUACUAGUGUUUAGUGUGUGUCGGACAAUGUGCACGUUAUUGGACUUGUGACCCGGAGUUUCGCUACCCUCACGUGCACCGUGCGAAAAAUGUCUCAUACGCCCCAGAAGAGCGCAGCGAAGAUGUGCAAGUCGCCGAAGAAUACCGCCUUCAAACACACCGACAAGAUCGAGUACGAGAGCCUGAGCACCAACUGCACGGUGGUCGGCUCCAACAACCUGAACCUGGUCAAGAAGCCGCAGAUCAUCACGAACAUGUCGCCCGUCUAUUCGAAUCCGAGUCCCAGCUAUCCGCAGUCGCCGUAUUCGUCGCCGGCCAGUCUCAAGUCGCCCAGUCCCAAUCUGAAGCCGCCCACGCCCCAGCCCAACUUCCCCGUUAUGCAGAUCAUACACAACAGCCAUCCGUUGAUCACCAGGCAGAUACAGAGUAGUCAGCCGCAGAACAUCAUCAAGCUGAAGCCUCAUCUUAACAUACUUCCCAAGCCAUCGGCUAGUCCACAGCCCUCACCCAAACCCAGUGUCAGUCCCCAAAUCGUGAUCCCGAACCACCACCAAUCGGCGACGAUCGUGCCCACCGCGCAGCCGCUCCUGCUCAACCAGAUGCCGAUGCUGACGGCGCCGGCCGGCGUCCAGUUCAUCCUGCGGCCGCAGACGGCGCCCGCAUCGAAACUGCAAGGCGCCGCCGCCCAGGCGACGGCCACGCCCCAGGGACUGAUACUGCAGCCGGGCGGCGCCCAACAGCUGCUCCACAUCCAGCAGCCGACCGCCCGCACCCAGCCUAUGGUGCGGGUGCUGACGAACGGCGUCCAGCUCGGUCCCGGCACCACCACAUACGUUACACAGAUGGCGAACCAGCAGGCGGCGCCCACUGCCCAGAUCCAGCAACAGGUGAUACCGACCGUGUCGACGGCGUCGGCGGUGGCGACGGCCAAAAAGAAGCCGAAACACAAGCCGAAAAAGAAGCUGGACCUGGCCAACAUCAUGAAAUUGUCGGGCAUCGGCGACGACGACGACAUACAGUUCGAGUCGGACGCGUCGCAGCAGAGCGAGACGAGUGAGCACAACGGGGCGUCGUCGGUGCCGGGCACGCCGCAGCCGCAGGUCACGCAGGCGGACGUCAAGCCGAAGCUCGGCGGCAUCCAGAUACAGUCGGCCAUCAACGCUGCGCCCGCGCCUCUCGUGCAGGUUCUCAACCAGAAUUUACAUGGCGGUAUGCUGUCGAACAGCACGUCGCAGGCGACCGCCGCCCAAGCUGGCAUCCCCUUCAACGGCUUCAUAGCCCCCAACUUCACGAUCAACAACGGCCUGAUGCUGCAACGGAGCAGCGGCGGCUACAAACUGACAAUGGGCGAGGACGGACGCCUCGUCCUUCAGCACGAUCCGCAGCUGCAGACGCAGGACCUCCAGUCGCAGCUGAUCCUACAGAGUCUAUUGGGUCUGAACGGCGGUCUCGUGUUGCAGCCGUCGAUGGACCAGCAGACGGUCCAACAGACCGUCCAGACGAUCCAGCAACAGUCGGUGCAGACGAUACAACAGCAAACGGUGCAGUCGCAAACGAUACAGACGGUGCAACAGCAGACGGUGCCGACGCAGGUGCAGCACGCGUUGCAGAGCCUGCAGCCGCAGAUCCAGCAGCAGACCGUCCAACAGACGAUACAGCACCAGACGGUGUCGCAGCCGUUGACGGCGUUGCAGCAGCCCAUGCAGAUUGUGCAGCCGCAGCCGAUUCACAGCAUACAUUCGCAGGUCCAGCCGGCCGUGCACUCCAUACAGUCGCAGGUGCACAGCUUGCAGAGCCAGAUUCAGGGACAGCUGCAGAGUCUGUUGCAGCAGCAGAACCACGUCCAGAACCAUUCGGUGCAGGGGCAGAUGCAGGCGCUGCAGUCGCCCGUUCAUACUUUACCUUCGAUACCUUCCUCGCCUGUUCAACAGGUUCAGACGUCGUCCCACCAACCGAUCCAGAGUUUCCAGCAGCAAACCCAGACGCAGCCGGUGCUGAAGGUGCAACCGUUCCAGAAGUCGCAGCCGCCCGUCCAGACGGUGCACCCGCAGCCGAUACAACAGAACAUCCAGCACCAGCAGCAACAGCAGCAGCAGCAGAACGACACGUCGGUGAAUUCGGGACAGCCGCCUCCCACGUCGUACGUCGUCAAUCUGACGCCCGACCAGUUGGAGCAGCUGAAACGUAACGGGCAGGUCACCGUCAACGGGCAGACGAUUUUCAUGCAGCGGCCCAACAAGAACGAGCAGAGCGACAAGAAGAUGUCGCCGAAGUCGAAGCCCAUCAAAAAGGUGAGCAAGAUCCACGCAGUGAAGAACUUCCUGAACGAAGACCCGCCCAAGCCGGACCUGAGUCAAACCAAGGACAUCAAGCCCGCCCUGUUGUCGCCCAAGCCGCAACACGUACCUCCCCAAAACCACGUCAUGCCGCAGAACAGUAGACCGACGGUGGUGUCGAUGCCUCCAGUCACGCCGGCCCAAAUCGCCCAACCUCAAGUCCAACCAUCCGCCGUAAUCCAUCCUUCCGUUCACCUGCAGCGGGAGCAGCAGCAGCAGCAACAGCAACCGCAAUUAGUCAAGCCGAAGGUGGAAGUGAAGCAGGCGCAUACGGGCGUCAAAACUGUCGUACAACAAAAGGUGACGCCCCAAAACCACCAGUCGGACACGAACGGCACGCACCAGGACGUCGACAAACUCCUCGGCCAGAUCCUGGAAGAGACGGGCCAGUCGAACCAGCCCGACAUCAAGCCGAUAGUGCAGCCGAAGACGCCGCAGCCGCAGCAGAUCACCACCAUCCAGUUGACGCCGCAAAAGCAGCAGCACCUACGCAGCAUACAGCUUCAGAUACAGACGCUGAGCUCGCGCAUGCAGCAGGGCAACGUCGACAUGGACAACGCACUGAAACGACUGUUCAACGAGCAACAGAAGAUUUUGGCGUCGGGGAAGGUCCUGCCGCCCGACAAGGUUUACUAUCACAACAAUCAGUUGACGAUAGUCAAUCCGGGCGUCAAUUUGCCUAGUCCCGGACAGAUCAAGUCGGAGCCGCACAGUCCGCCGGUCACGACGAGUGCCCCGGGGGUCGUACGGCCGGUGGAACAGCCCAAGGCGCCCGUUUCUGUGCCGCCGAUAGUGACGACGCAGACAUCCGAGCACAGCACCCAAACGGCCAACGUGCCGCACCCAAUCACCAAUCACCUGCCGCCACAGCAGGCGCCCCCAAGGCCAAUAGCACCGCAGCCGCAGCAACAGCCGCCCUCGCCGCAACAAACGCCGCAGCCCAGCGCACAUUCCCAAGCCAAAAAGGCUCAUCUGAUUGAACAGCAGAUGAACUUGGACCAAAACGAGGCGGUCAAGCCGGACGUGAACACGCCUUUCAGGGAUAAGAAGGACGCCUGCAUAAGGCUCAUACGGUACCACUGUUUGGAGCAACCCGUCCUCAGUGAAAAGGACUUGGGAAAGGCGGACAAAAUUUUCGAAAUGACCGCUCGCCAUUACAUGGGGAAGUACUCGAAGAUGGUCGACAAGUACAAGUACCUGCUGUUGAAGGAAAGCAUGCGCCACGUGCCCACGUCGGAGCUGAUGAUGCUCGACCGCAUGUUCCUGGCCGACGAGCAACAGUCGAUCAUGCAGCUGCGCCAGGACAUCGAGAACCAGCUGAUGGAGGAACCGGUCCAGAUACCCGAUCCGGAGCCGCCGCCCCAGCCGCCCGACGUCUACGACGAGUGGGCGUGCAUACAGCGCGAGCUGGCCAGCCUGCCGCAGCCCGGCUACGACGACAAGGCGGGCAAACGCGCCUUGGCUGGACAGGACUCGCGGCUCGAGACGCUGAAGAAGUUCCGCGUCGACAAGAAGCAGAAGCAGGAGGGCGGCGGCGGUCACAACAGCAGCUACUCGAGCUCGCACGACGACAACGAACCGGAGAACAACAGCAUCGACGAGCAGGUGCAGUCGGCCAUCGAUUCUAUAUUGAAUCUGCAGCAGGCGACCGCCUCGGCGUCCGCGCCCCUUGAUCUCGAUUCCAUAUUGUCAUGACGCUAUUAAGGCGUCUCCCCCUCCCCUUUAGCUGGUGUAUUUUUCAUUAAUUAAUUAAUUUUUGUUUAGUUUUAAGCCGUUUUCCGUCCGGAAUUGCGUCGGUUUCACCACGAGGCAGCUAAGUAACAUGAAUCUGGGCCGUUCUGGGCGGAAUCCUUGUGAUUUUAAUGGUAGUGUUUAAUAUGAAGGAGGAAAGUAAUACAGAUCCAGGUUGUUUAUUGUAAUUUUUCGAAUUAGGUACUAUUUAAUUGUAUUUUACACCUUUUUUUGCUCAAUCGUGACGCGUGUCACCGUUCUUUGUUUAAUUACACAAUUGGUGUUGUCGUGCUGUUUCGAAAUUACGGCCAGUAGCCCUCCCCCUUAGUUAUUUUACUUAAUUUUAUGAUAGCGAACAGCCACUACAUGUACAGUUUUACCUAUUUAUUGAGAUUAAAUUUAGCCCUCGCCCUUAAUUAAUUUAUUUUUAUGUUGUGCUAUUUAUUCGUUUUAUUUUUACACGCGUGUACCAUAUUAAAUGAUUGUAAAAACUGUGUAAUUUUUUGUAAAUAACGGACUAAUUCUCGAAAAACCGUAGCGUAUGUAAUCAAAACAAAAAAAAAUCAGUUGUAAAUGUCGCCUUUAGUGUUUUCUCUCUGUGGUUCUUACACUCUCAAGCAAUAUAUACAUUUGAUCCAAGUUACGCCGAGGUCUGUGCCUCGAUGCAAUUUCGGUUCCAGAGUAUUUUUUAUAUAUAAACUUUAAAUAGGAGUUACGUUGAGUGGCCUACCGGAUAAUUGUAUGGCUUAAAGUGUGCGGACGUUAUGUUCGUGCAAUUCACUUCGUGUACGGGUUUUCAAGUUCUCUCAGUUUUCUUUCUGCCCCCUUUUCCCUCUGUAACUCUGUAAAUAAACAUGAUUGUAGCACAUGUAAAAAAUUUUAUUGUAAAUAAUUUUUAAUUUAUAUGUACUUAGACUUAUUUGUUAUUUUUUAAGGUUUAUUAUUAUUAAGACUGACUUCACAAAAAUUUGGUUCCUAAUUUGGGAAAAAGAAGUAUUUCAAAUAAAAACAUUUAAUUGUUUA